UAGUAGUGCAGCUGUUUUAUUACCUGCCAAAAAGUGUAAGACUCUUUGAUGAAAGUUCUGUAACCCCUUGAUUUCCGGGAUAUUGGCGACCUGUUGAUAGAUCAAGUUUGAUUUUGGCGUAAAAAUCGAACUUUUCCCUUAUAGUAACCCUGCAUCGGCGUGUCGCUCACAUUUUCCCUUCGUCAACUUUUUACAGUCAAAAUUUUACAACUUGUUUUACCAUCGUUUUCAAAACAAUUCAUGCAAGGUUCUAACUCGUGUUUAACAUUAACAUGUUUUUCCUUUUACAUAGUUUGUGUGCCAUUUUGGUGAAACAUUUAAUAGAUGAAAGUUUUUAGAAUAUUUGUGCACAUUUUGAGUGUUUACGUUUUUGCCAAAACCUGUCAAACGUUACGUGUGGAUUAGCAAAAACGAAAAUUUCACUGUUGGGCGUCACUUUACCUCAAGUUACGUUAAUAUUUUGGAUACCUUUGCGAUUUUUUUGAGUGGGCCAUGUGACUGUUCGAGAUACUUUCUUGAUUUCUGUAGGCAGUGGUCAAACUUUCGAGGAUCAGCAUUUGGACAUGACCCAGUUGUCUGGUGGCCCUUCUAUUCAGACGCAGGCCAUUCAGCAGAACCAGACUCAGGCUUCUUUGAUUUCAAACGAUUCACCCAAAACAAAAUUGCUAAAAAGUGAUCCUCUUUCUCAAGGUUGUGAAGUUACGAAGAUAGUUGAGCCUCAGAGUCCAGAGACUUCCAUUGUUGAAGACCACGCUUCGAAAGAUGCUAUGAAGAAUCCUAAACUGCAAUCCAAUGUUGCUAUCAAUAACAACAACAAUACGAUGAGCAGCCUCGUACAGCAGGUUCCUCGUCAUAGAGAGAUGGCUGUAGAUGUCCCGGACUCGUUUGUUGCCAUCACGAAGACAGCUCCUCGCUAUCCCCCACCCCGAAAGAAGCCCCCGAACACCCCAGAGACUUCCAGCCUAAAGAAAAAUGGCCUUUACCAUUUCAGCAGCGAGAUCAAACCUUCUGUCAACCACGUCAGGUCCAUGUCUUCCCAGGAUGGCAAUCAGGAUUUGCCGGAGAGGAGGACCCCUCCCACACCCAGAAUCUCCGAGCUAAUUCGAUCAACGGAAGAUUCCAAUGGUACGCCUCUAAAAAAUGAAGUGGCCGAAGAGGAAAAGUUGAUGGAUUUUGGUCAGUUGCAGCGCAUUCGCAAAUAUCAGGAAGAUAUCCGGAAGCGGAAGGAAGAAGAGGAGCGUCUCGCCAAGGAGGAAGAAUUUCUCCGAUCCUCCCUCAGAGGAUCCCAGAAACUGCGAGCCCUCGAGAAAGUGAAAUCCGGUCAGGAGAAUUCUGGAUUUCAUUUGGAGGAAGGCGACAUCCCACCACGGGAAAGGCUGGUGGCCGCCAAUGCAGAACAUCUCAACAGACUUUACGAACCCUCUGAGCUUCUGGAGAUGCUUCACAAUGUAGAAUCUGUACUCUCAAAAACAGGAUUUAGUGAGGGGGUGAUUGAACUGGAGAAACUUUUCCACAAUGCAGAAUUUGAGUCUUUGUUGAAUUUGCACAAUAAAAUUCAAGAGACAUCUUGUUUCAGUUGCCUCCCUAAUCCAGUCUCUUCAGAUGCUCAACUGAUCUCACUAGAAGUGAUGAGAGCAUUGCAAGAAGUUCCUUCUAAAGAUGCCAAAGAGCUUAUGCAUAUCCUAGGAAAGCAUCCUUUUGAGAACUUGAUGUUCUGCCACGAUAAAGUUGCCUUGAGUCAGGCCACUCCCGAUAUCUCUGAGGAGGAGGAACUGCUUUCCAGGCUCUCUCAGUACACGGAAGAGAGCAUCAAGAUAGUACGCAUUGACAAAACUACUGAACCAUUGGGUGCUACAGUAAAAAAUGAUGGUGAAGCAGUUAUUGUUGGCCGCAUAGUAAAAGGUGGAAUUGCAGAGAAAAGUGGCUUACUUCAUGAAGGAGAUGAAAUUUUAGAAGUGAAUGGCCUUGAAUUGCGAGGGAAAUCAGUCAACGAUGUUUGUGAUAUUAUGGCUGCUAUGACUGGGACAUUGACAUUCCUAAUUGUACCCAAUCAGUACAAUACUCCUAAGCAUCAGACUCGAGAAAGUGUUAUUCAUUUGAAAGCCCACUUUGACUACGAGCCAGACGAUGACCUGUACGUACCGUGUCGAGAGCUGGGGAUGUCAUUCCAAAAAGGGGAUGUCUUGCACGUCAUCAGCCAAGAGGAUCCCAACUGGUGGCAGGCUUACCGGGAAGGGGAAGAGGAUCAGUUACUUGCUGGCCUCAUACCCAGCAAGAGCUUUCAACAGCAAAGAGAAGUUGUGAAACAAGCUGUUGUUGGGGAUGUAAGGGAAAAGAAAGCAAAGAAGGCUGGAAAAUUUCUUUGUGCUAAAAGACAUCAUAGAAGGAAAAAGAAAAAGCUCUACAAUUUGAACUACAGUGAUGAGACAGAUACAGACCAGAUUCUGACCUAUGAAGAAGUGCGGCUCUAUUACCCGAGGGCUCACCAGAAGCGACCUCUGGUCUUGAUUGGACCCCAGAAAGUGGGCCGGCAUGAGCUGAGACAAAGGCUCAUGGAAGACACUAAUAGAUUUGCUGCGGCUGUACCUCAUACUAGUCGAACGAAGAAAGAUUCUGAAGUAAAUGGUGUUGACUACUUUUUCAUCAGCCGGACGCAGUUUGAGGCAGAUAUUCUGGCCGGUCGCUUCGUGGAGCACGGUGAAUACCAGAAGAGUUACUACGGAACGAGCCUCGAUGCCAUUCGCAGUGUCAUCGAAGCCGGAAAGACGUGCGUCCUCAACCUGCAUCCUCAAUCUCUGAAGAUAUUGAAGAAAUCUGAUUUGAUGCCAUAUGUAGUCUUUAUUGCACCACCCUCCCUGGAGAAGCUCAGACAAAAUUGUCUCAAAAUGGACAAUGCAGUGAAGGACGACGAGCUGAAGGACAUUAUAGAGAAAGCUCGAGAAAUGGAGGAGUUCUACGGUCACUACUUUGAUCUGGUGCUCAUCAAUGUGGACCUCGAAAAAACGUACAGCGAACUGCUGCACGAGAUCAGCGUCAUCGAGAGGGAACCCCAGUGGGUGCCUGCUAGCUGGAUUAAAGACGACCCCUCUUAGUUUUAUCUGCACUGUUGCCUUAACAACUCUUGUUCUCAUUUCAUUGGCAAGUCAUCUGUGAAUGUCAUUUCAACGACAACAACCGUUUUAAACUUUAUCUGGGCCAAAAACAGUAAUCUAUUAUAAAUCUCAAUAUUUGGCAAAAGAACAUUUUAAAGUUUUUAAUGUUGUUAACAAUUAGCAACAAAUAUUUUUAAGAAAAUAUUUUUUGCAGUGAAAAAAAUUAUUAAAAAAAUAUAUAUUUAAGAAAAAAUGAAAAUUCAUUUUCUCGUAAGUGUUAAAAUAUAUUUUAAAAUAAUUUUUCAGUUCCUGUUAUUUUCUCAUGGAAUGGUCAAUGUUAAAUUGAAACAUUUUCAAAAGUGUCUUUUUGAACUGCUUCCAUUGAUUAUUAUGUUUAAUGUUGCAAAGAUAUAUUUUGGAAGUUUUUUGUGACAUGACCUAGUAAUGAGAUAAUGUAUGAAAUGUCAUUCGUAGGAACGACGACGAUUGCCUAAGAAAUGAUUAGAACCUUUAUCUUUUGAGAAUUCCUCAAUCAAAAUAAAAACUCACAUUCUGAAGUUUGUGAUUGCAAUAAUUUUUAAUACUCACAAAAACAUUUUUUUAUUACUGUUGCAAUGAAUUGUGUACAUAUAUAUAAAUAUAUAUAUUUGUAGCUGAAUUUUAAUAACAUAUACUGAAUGUGUUUUUAUAUAAAUAUGUAUAGUGUUUACGAGACACUCAGUUGUUAUGGGUCACACACACACUCACUGUUUUUGAUAAUAGACAAUCAAACAAGUUUCAUUAAAAUAGCUUUUGAAUAAUUUCUAAGACUUUUAACAUUCGUUUAAGCAACUUUUUCUGCCUAACUCUAUAUCUUGAUUAUGGGAUUUAGAGAGAAGAUAAAUUGGCAUGCCUGAAAAGUAUUUAAUUGUUAAACUUAACUGCUUUUCCCCUUGAUAGAAGAGAAACUUUAUUUAAAUAUACAACAGUGUCUUUUAAUUUCAGAACUAUUGCACAAUGUGCUUGCAGUGUAUGAAUUAAUAAUGAUAAAGCUGCAUCUAUUUUUGAAGUGAUAUUUCAUUUCUCUAAUGUUUUAAGAUUUAAACUUUUACAUUUUAAUGUAUUUAUGAAUGAUUCUUUAAUAUUGUUCUCUCAUUACAUUUCACUCUAAAGCCGUCUGAACUUCUGAUGUGUUAUAUUUGUUUUAUAUUUCUUAUGAUGUUAAUGUGUGAUUGUCUAUCAGUAUUAUUAUUUACUGUUGAUUUUUCUGUUUCAAUAUAAUAAAUUUAAAGAAAAAUGUUUAA